UCUGUAGGGUGCCACGUAUAGACUUCUGUGGUGUAGAGAAUGUGGAGAGAAAACGUACGGUGUGUAGCUGUGAUGAGGGUCCAUAUGUGUAAUAGCGUAGCUGAGGAUGUUUUUGUUGGUGUGAAUAACGUGUGAAGAUGUCAGGGGAUGCGUGGGGCAUCCAAGGCAGGAGGAGCGCUGGGACCCGCGGGCGAGGGGGUGCUGAGGGGAGAAGGUACCGGGCCGGAGAAGGGGCCGGACUUUGUGCCGAGCGCGGAGCCGCGUCCCUGCCGUGGGACGCGGGUGCCGCCUGUCCCGGGGAGACGCCGCCGCCGCCGCCACCCCCGCGGCGGGGCCGGGCCUCACCGCCGCCUCCCCCCCGCGCAGGCCGAGGCUGCUAUAGAGACGCGGAGGACGCCGGCGCCGAGCGGAGCGCGGACAUGCCCUUCACCGAGCGCGCCUACUACCCGCCGGCGGCGGGGGGAGCCGCGGCCGGCGCGGGGCCGCAGCCGCCGCCGCCGUUUCCCGCCUUCCAGUUUCGCGGCCGCCAUGAGGGCCCGGACUGGCGGCGGCUGAGCGCCGUGGACGUGGGCCGGGUGUCGCGGGAGGGGGACGUGUCGGCCCUGCAGGAGCACCUGGAGCACGUGACCUUCUGCAGCGCCGAGCGGGAGCGCUGCCCCCACUGCCAGGGCCCCGCCGACCCGCUGCUGCUCAAGCUGCUGCGCCUGGCCCAGCUCUGCACCGAGUACCUGCUGCACUCCCAGGAGUACCUCAGCGCCCAGCUCGGCAGCCUGGAGGAGGCCCUGCGAACGGCCCAGGCCCAGCGCGACCAGCUGGGCAAGGAGGUGGCUCAUCGCACGCAGGAGAUCAAGGGGCUCAAGGAGGAGUGCCGGCGGAGGAAGAAGAUGAUCAGCACCCAGCAGAUGAUGCUGGAAGCCCGAGCCAGCUACCACCAGUGCCAGCUUUGUGAAAAGGCUUUUAUGAACUAUUCCUUUUUACAAAGUCACAUGCAAAGGCGUCAUGCGGAAGGAUCUCAGAUUGAACAGAAGAAGAAGGCAAACACAGACAAAUUGCAGGAUGAGAUUGAUAAAUUGAAGGAGCAGUUGCAGCUCACCAAGUCUCAGUUAGAGGCUGAACAACAGGCUAAUAUGGUCAGGUUUUCUAAGGAGUGUGAACAGCAAAAAUCAAAAGAAGAAGAAAUUCUACAAUCAUUUCAUAAAUGGAAGGAGGAGGAAAAAGAGAAAUUGGCUGAUGAAAUAGAAAAAGUGAAAGAGAUGUUUAUGAAAGAGCUUAAGGAAUUAUCUUCAAGAAAUUCAACGUUAGAAAAUCAACUGUUAGAAUUACAAAAGGCCAAUAUGCAACAAAAAUCUAAUUUAGGGACGCUGAAAGACAGCCAAGAAUUUACAGAAGAGAAACCUCAGAGUCCUCAGGAUUAUCACAGUGUGGUUAAACUUCUUGAAAAACAGGAGAGUAAGUGGACGUCUAGAAUACAAGCCCUUCAUCAUGACCACGAGACAGAAAAGUCCCUACUACUGUCACAGAUUGAGAAGCUUAAAUCAUCAGUGAGAGAAGACCUGAAUAAAAAUAACACCUUUUACAAGAGGAGGAUAGAAGAAUUGGGGCAGAGGCUUCAGGAGCAGAACGAUCUGAUUAUUACUCAGAAGAAGCAGAUAAAAGAACUGUCCACAAGAUCAGUUGCAAGCAUUAAACCAUAUGAUGUGAACACUACGGUAGAGCCUCUUGAAGAAUCUAAACCAAGUCUACCAGUGAUGCAUGAGCAGGCACCCUUGGUGCAUAUGCUGGAGCCCAUAGAGGAGCUUUCAGAAGAGGAAAAAGAAAUGGAGAAAGGUGAUCAUAAACCAGGUAGAAGUAACCACUAUUUAAUAAAUGCUUUGAAGACUGAUCCUUCUUUAACUAAAGAAUUACGAGUUGUUUUGGAGCAAGCCCUGGAGGAGAAGCUGGAAUCCUUGGGAAUUAAAGCAGGUGUUCGUGGUAUCCCAAAUGAUCGCUUAAAUAAAAUUUUGCGUGCUAUUGAAUCUGCUAGAGAAUGCAAACAGAAGCAAGAGCCUGACAUUCACCGAAUUCGAGAGCAUCUUGAACGCCAAGUUAGCUUUAGGGUUGAAGAGAAAUCAUCAUCUUGUAAUAGACCUGUUUCCCAUCCUCAGCUUCCUUCAGAAGAUAAACAGAAGUGCAAUCAAUUGAGAAUUUCCUCAUCUGCCACACCACAAAAGCCAGUAAAAAGGUCUUCAACAACUGUCCGCCCAGCUGAACAAAGAACAGCCAUCGCUGACAAUACAUCUACACCAAAAUCCAGGAAGCUUUUUGGAAAUGGAGUUUCCAGAAAGACAUCUAGCAUCACAACUCCACCAUUCAGUUCAGAGGAAGAAGCAGAUGAAGAUGACGUUAAACAGUAUUGCAUAUCACCAGAAUUACUACGAAAGCAGUCAAAAACAUCAAGCAGCAAAGUCAGUGCUUUUCAGAAGGCUUCUAGCAAAAGCAAUAUGGAUGGGAUGGGGGAAAGUGAAAUUGAAGAAACUGGAACACCUCCCAAAACUUCAAAAGGAACAGUUAUUCAAAAACUGACCGAACAAGUUGGAAAGAGUCUUUCUAACCAUGGAAAUAAGAACAAACCAGCCGGAGGGGUUAAUGUCACCCAGGCAUUUAUUAAGAAAGAAGAGGUGAAAGAACUGAAGUUCACAGAAGUUGAUGAAGAUGAUUGGGAUAUAUCAUCAGUAGAAGAAGACUUUUUAUUGCUGAAAGAUGGUAGAGGACAGAAGUCAUUGAUGGUUCAGAAAAAUGAGUCAAAUGCUGCAUCUGUGGUACAUGCAUGGGGUCUUCCGAAGACAAGCGUAACAAAGGAGGAAGGCCUUCAUGAAGCUGAUAAUACAAGCACAUUAAAAAGCAGCUUAGUCACAGUUACAGAUUGGAGUGAUUCUUCAGACAUAUAAGUGUUGUGUUCCUGAUGGGAGGCACUGCUUUUGGGUUCUGUUGGGAUUGAAAAUGUAGUUGAAAACAUCAGGUGUUUCCUAUUCGUUCCUCAUAUUGGUCAUGUAAUAACAAGGAAUACUGUUUACAGAGACCUUGUGUCUUUCAGUCCUGCAUCUGAAACAAGGGUAUUCAUACACGCAUUACUGGCCAUAUCUGUUUGGAAAUUGGGAGUUAAUUCUUUCUUGUGAAUUCAGUGGUGAAAGUCUCUGAUUUCACUGAGGUAAAGAUUUUACCUCUAAUGUUUACAUUAAAGAUUGAAACUGGUCUUGCAAGAAAGCCUAUUAACCAAUGAACAGAAUUUAUGGCAGAGUAUUACUUUAUGAAAUUUUUAAAUGCAUAUUUUGUCUUUUCUCAUAAACUUUAUAUAAAAUUGUGAAAAUUUUAAAGAAAAUAUUUCCAUGUAUUAAAAUGUUAUGUUUCUACCAUGGUUUACAAUAAACACCAAAGACAAAAAAGAAAGUCUCCGCUAUAAAACUAGUUAUUAUUAAAUGCCUCCCAUUUUGGAGGUCU